GUUCGGUAGAUUGCUAGGUCCUUUCUCGAGGGAUCUAGUUCCCUGCGUGAAGGUUUUAUUGGAUUUACAAUUUUAUUGAAGUAAGGCUGAGGGGACCCACGUCCACGUCCUAGUAUUGUAUUUUAUUAAGAUUUCUUAACCUCAUAUUUGUAUUAAUUAUAGCCAUAUUUAGGAAUAUAUUAAACUUCGCUUAAUCCUUCCCAUAAGAAAACUACUAUGGCAGCUACAGGGAGAAUUUUUUCAAGAUUAAUUACUCCUCAAUUUACUUGUGUAAGGACUAACACAUCUUAUACCAGUAGCAGAAAAAACCUUGUUCUUACUAGCAAUUCAAAAGUUAUUUGUCAAGGUUUCACUGGUAAACAAGGUACAUUUCAUAGCAAACAAGCUAUAGAAUAUGGUACCAAAUUAGUUGGAGGUGUGUCUCCUGGAAAAGGAGGAAAGACUCAUUUAAAUCUUCCAGUUUUCAACACCGUUAAAGAGGCUAAAGAAGCGACUGGAGCUCAUGCUACUGUGAUCUAUGUACCACCUCCAGGUGCCGCGAAAGCUAUUAUUGAAGCUAUCGAUGCCGAAAUGCCUUUGAUCGUCUGUAUUACUGAAGGUAUUCCGCAGCAUGAUAUGGUCAGGGUGAAACACAAGUUAAUCAGGCAAAAUAAAUCACGUUUGAUCGGACCUAACUGCCCAGGCAUUAUCGCUCCAGAACAGUGUAAGAUUGGUAUUAUGCCUGGUCACAUCCACCGAAGAGGAGUUGUAGGUAUUGUUUCUCGAUCUGGAACAUUGACAUAUGAAGCUGUUCACCAGACUACGCAGGUUGGACUAGGGCAGACAUUGUGCAUCGGCAUCGGUGGUGAUCCAUUCAAUGGAACAGACUUUAUUGACUGCCUUGAAGUGUUUCUCAAUGACCCUGCGACCAAAGGGAUUAUUAUGAUUGGUGAGAUCGGUGGAGUUGCUGAAGAGCAGGCUUCUGAAUAUCUUCUCAAGCACAAUACAGGUACAGGUGCGAAGCCGGUAGUAUCGUUCAUCGCUGGCAUCACCGCUCCGCCAGGCAGGAGGAUGGGACACGCUGGAGCCAUCAUCUCUGGCGGCAAGGGGGGAGCUCAGGACAAGAUCAACGCACUGCAGAAGGCCGGAGUUAUUGUCAGCAAGAGCCCUGCUCAGAUGGGAAUAGAACUUUCUAAAGAAAUGAAAAGGCGAGGAAUUGUUUAGUGUCAAAUGGCCGUAUUUAUAUAAAUAUAUAUAGUAGACCUAUAUAGUUACAUAUUAUAUUAUUUAAAAUAAUGAAAAUUUAUUAAUUGGGGUUGUCCUUUCUUAAAAGAAGAAAAAAAAAAAGAAGCUUUUUAAGAAGCCAUUGGCUAAAAUUAAUUACUGUUAACAAUGAUAACAUGUAUAUGUCACUAACAGCAUUGGUCUCUCUUAUCAAUUUCAAUGUUAUCACCAAUGACGUGUGCACAUCUCAUCACCUUUAUUAUAAAUUGUAUAGUAAAUAAAUGCCUUUAUUUAUUGUUUAUUUUCUAUUACAUUAUAAAUGUAAUAUAUAUUUUUUAAUUAACUUGAUUUUAACUUAAGAAAAUAAUUCUUAAAAUGUUAAUAUUGUAUAUUAUAUUACGGUUAUAUAAAUGUUUUUGUUUGUUUUUUUAAAAAAGUCAAGUUGAUUUUGUAAGUGUGGAACUUUAAAAAAUAAACAAAAAAAGAAAAACUUGUUUAUGAAAAUUUUCUGUUAUUGUUUGGAUUUUACAAAGAAUGUGCUAUAUGAGGGAGAUCUGUUUAUGUAAUUCAAAAAAAUACAUUCAAUUUUUUUUUUGUUCUGUUAUUGUAAUAACUUGUAUAAUGUUAUUCUACCACCUACAGACUGCAUUGGAUAUCAAUUUGCAAAUAAAAUUAGUCAGUUGAGCUUUUUGUAUUAUUUGUUAAGUAUAUCAGAUUAUUUAGAUAAAUUUAAUAAAUGACUGAUUUUAUAAAUUUGAUUAUUAUAAUUGGCAUAUGAUUUUAUUUUUUUUUAUAAAUAUAAUACACGUUUUUAAACAUUCUAACAGUGCUUGUAAAUGGAGGACCAUAACCUCAAUAUUAAAAAAUGCAAAACCUCUCUAAUAGUCCAGUUAAUUUAGCCAGAACAAGAGAACAAAAUCUCUUAGGUCUUGAAACUUGUCUUCAAUGCUGCUUACAGUAUACUUUAAUUGCCUGAAUACAAUUUUUAUUUUU